AUGUCGUCUCAAUCAACCAAAUCAUUCUCCGUCUCUGGCAAAACAGCCAUAAUCACCGGCGCCGGCUCAGGAAUCAACUUCGAAUUUGCGCAGAUUCUCCUCUCCAAGAAUUGCAACGUUGUUUUCGCAGACCUGGCAUUGCGACCAGAAGCCCAAGCGCUGGUAUCUCAAUACACCAAGCCCGGCUCAACACCCCGUGCAGUUUUCGUACAAACAGACGUCACGUCAUGGAAAGCACUAGCAAACGCUUUCAAAACCACCGUGCAAGAAUUCGGCGACUUCGACAUCGUCUGUCCCGGCGCAGGCGUCUACGAGCCCAACUGGUCUAGCUUUUGGCACCCCCCAGGCUCUCCCGAAAGCAAAGACGAUGUUGAAGCUGAUCACUACAAGCUACUCGAUAUCAAUCUCACACAUCCCAUCAGAGCUACCCAAAUGGCCAUUUCCCACUGGAUGCACGGUAGUUCCGUUAAAGCCUCUGCGGGGAAUCCAAAGCGUCUGAUCCACAUCUCAUCUAUAGCCGCACAACUCCCCGUCCUGCGGGCCCCCAUGUACGGCGCGAGUAAAUUCGGCAUCACGGGUUUUGUCCGGUGCCUGACAGAUCUUGAGACAGUAGGCAUCCGCGUCAACGCUAUUGCGCCGGGUGUAGUCCGCACGCCUCUUUGGACAGAACAUCCAGAGAAGUUGAAGAAUGUGGACGAGACACAGGAUGCGUGGGUUACUCCGCUAGAAUGUGCCGAGGCAAUGCUGCAGUGUGUGGAGAACGAUGACUACGUUGGAGGGACGAUUGUUGAGGUUGGGAAGGGAAAUACUCGCCGGGUGCAGGUAUUUAAUGAUCCUGGUCCUGAUAUGCUGGAUCGGACCAAGGGAUUUACUACGAGUAAUUACGAAGAGGGGAACCAGAGCGUUUGGGAGGGCCUUGGGGACAGGUCUAUCUGGGGGUCUCACUUGUGA